CGGACCCCUCUUUUUGUCUCCUGCAACUCUCUCCCUCCCUCAUUGUUCACUGGCCCCUUCUCUACAUCUCGUUGAAGCUGGCUCAAUCUGCUGCAGUGCUGUACAGUCCGUGAGAGUUGACUGCAAUGGCGCUCAAGAGCUUGGUAUUGGUAUUUGCCUUGCUCGCCUCCGCCCAUGGCCAAGGUACGCGUAGAAGGCCGGACGUAUCGCACACAGGAGGGCGUCACGCACCUGCAGUGCAGGGUACAUAGAUCUGCUGUAUCGUCGUCUGUGUGUGUUGUUGCGUGCGUGUGUGUGUGUCUGGCUGGCAGGGACGGAAACGAACUUGCUGAGUCAGGCGCGUCGUCGCACAAGGCACAAGGUGAGGUCAGAGCAGAUACGCACGCACAAGACGACACGCCUUGAUUCGCACACUGCGUGUGUGUGUGUGUGUCUGUGUGGUGCCUGCCAAUUGACUGACCAUGUGCAGCGAUCGGCAGCAUCUGCUCGACGGCUAUGGAGUACCUGAGCAAGAGCAUCAGAAUUCCGACUGGACUCGAUAUCGACUGCGGAUCGGUGAACGACGCCGCUCAGGGAGUCCAGGAUGCUGCUGACGACGCUGCUCAGGGGCUCCAGGAUGCUGGUGAAGGAGCGGCUCAGGGGGUCCAGGAUGCUGCUGACGACGCCGCUCAGGGGGUCCAGGAAGGGGGGGAGGCAGUGGUUGAGACCGUUGGUGGUUGGUUUCGGAGGCUGGUUCCCGUUCCUGUCGCGGAUACAUGCGGUAAGCGGGGCUGAAACAGGCCAGGCCAGACAGGGCGGCGAGUAUGGAAUGCGGGCGACUGUCGGCUCUGGCUGUGUGUACGAAGUGCCCAAGGGUGCGUCGAUCAAGUGGGACGAAAAGACUCUCAGUUCGAUGAUUGGUGGCGAUGUGACGAGCACACUCGAGGCGAGCUGCGAGUGCUUCGAGUUGGCCGACAAGAUUCUGCAAGAGGGGCUGCAGAACUCCUUCGAAAGCGUCGACUACAACGAGGCGGUCUCUGCCGCUCUCACGGUGGGCACAUGAAUGGAGGCGAGAAAGAGUGAUAGCGCUUCUGCAUUCGCCUCUCCCUCUGUCUUGUGUGUGUGUGUGUGUGUGUGUGUGUGCAGUCGGGUCUCAAGGUGCAGAACUGUCUGAUCGACCUGGGGUUGAACGUGCAGGAGCCGGACAAGGACAAUGUCCUGGCUGAGAUCCGAGACGGUCGCGGUGCUUCACUGUAUCGCGUCACCGAGCUGGAGGAGAUCGACUUGGCAUUCUACCAGAAGGUGUGUGAAGCCACUGAUAUCACUCAAGUGACGCGUGUCCUGUCAGAGAGGAUGUUUGUGUGUAUGUGUGCGCAGAUCGUUGGGCUCGGUGCUGCCUGCGUAGCCACGGGCUCCACAUGUGACCAACUGAUCAACGAAUUCCGCCUCUACCUGGUAAGCACACAAGACUUUCACACGCGAUACGGCCACACAGAGACACACACACGCUGCUUUACAUGUGCUGCAUUGCAGGAGAAUUCUGCUGACCGAUUGGCUGAUGAGUUUGUGGCUCUCAAAGACGACAUCGUCGAUCGGAUCAACACUGUCACGUCAGCUGUGACCGAUCGCAUGAAUGUCCUCGAGAGGGUCCCCCAGCUCCUUCGCAAGACCCGUGCAGACCUUGAAGCAUGUGCCAGCGAGACCCAAAGCAGUGUAGAGCAGUCCUCCAUCGCCCAGCUGGACGAGAUGGCGGCCAAGAUCGAGAGACUGACGACACUCAUGGACACCGUCCCUGCAGUUCUGGACGCGCUGCAGGCCGCCGAGGACUUUUACAAGCUGAUGAACUAUCGGGAGACUAUUGCUGAAGCCAUUUCAAGCGGCCGGGCGCCCGACCUGCCGUCGAUGGUGGAGGGGCUGAAGGGAGGCACCAAAGUACGUGGGUGUGUGCCACACUCGAGACACAGUUGGGUUUAAGUCGGUGCGUGUGGGCUGUGCUUGGUCUGUCCGGUAGGUGGCUGGGGCGUUUGAACAAGUCGAGACGCUGUUUGCGGACUUCGACGACGUCUUGUUUGACGUGACCCUCCUCGAGUCAAUUCCCGAGAAUCAGAUGCCAAGCGGCCUGGAGGACUGCAUGCGUCGUCGAGGGGAGAACGCCUUCAUGGACCUGGACACGGCCUCUCUUGCCAUGCCUGACCUCCGAGAAAUGAUCGACAAUGUAAUUGUCACAAAUUUGGAAGUGCGAGGCGGCGUGGCCAGCUACUCCAGGUGUGCACGGCUCACACACACACACUCUCUUACGACAUGACAUGUCUGUGUCUGACUGGUGUGUGGCGUACAUAGGUUCAUCGAUAUCAGUGUGCCGAUGCCGUGCUCGCGGAUGGAGGACAAGUGCUUCGAGGUCAAGGAGAUCGGCUUCAAGCAAUGUGGUAGGUGACCUAGCAUAGGCCAACAAACGCUGCAUGCACCAGCAGUCAGCAUAUGCAUUUGUACGUGUGGCUUCCUUUCCUUCUCUGCAACAAUCAGUGGACUGGCCUGAGUUCUAUGAGUGCACGUAUGAGAAGGAGGUGCCAUUGCCGAACCACCACAUCCCCUGGGUCGGCUUUUACCUCUACGGGAGGUCGUGAGCAGAAAAGUGACCAGGCAGGUGAGUAUAUAAUGCAGACAGGACGCAGACAGGUUGUGUGCGCUCUGAGUGGAUAUACACGCAUUCAUUGAUGAUGUGCGCUGGUAUGUGCUGUCAUUCGCUUUCGUGUGCAGGCCUUCUCAGGUUUUGCUUAAAGCUUAGCACGACUUUGCUGAUGAUCACGCUUGUGCCUGUACGGUGUUGUACCAUUCAUGCUGCAACGACAGAGUGUGCAUCGAGAAAUGGAAUCACUCGUCGUUACGUGUGCAUGUAUGUGUGUAGAAACAUGUAUGUGUACGUACGUGUACAUGUAUGUGUACAUAUGUGUGUGUACAUCUGUCCGUAUGUACGUAUGUGUGUACGUAUCCGUGUAUCGAUGGCUGUAUGCAUGGUUUUUUUCUUUGUGAAACGCACAGCUGCUCCAGAGAGACAAGCAGGCAGGCAGGCAGGCAAACAGGCAGCGUUUUGCAAUCAGCAAAAGAGCAGGCCACGUGUGCGUAAGUGCUCGCCUGCCUGCCUUGCAGCAAUGAGCUAGCUCCAACUCUGGACAGCCAGAUCUACUGUAGGUAUGUAGGCCAUUCGUGUAUGUGAACACGUAGGUAGACACGUAGAUAGGGAAGGGCAAUGCAAAUGCCGCCCCAUCCAUCCUUCCUUCAUGUGGCAUUUCACCUGUUUGUUGUGUCUCUGGUUUUCUGGGUGUCUAUUUGUAUGUCAGUUUGCAUGUUGGUCUUCCAGUCUGAUUGUCAGUCAGUCAGUCAAUCAGUCAGUCAGUCUGUCCUUCCGCUCGUCCGUGAGUGGACGGGUGGGUGGACAAGUGACUAUGCAUAUGUACACCAAGUAGCUGGCAGGCAGGCUGAUUGGAUGUGCGUGUAUUCUCGCCUGCCUGCCAGCGUGCCUUCCUCCCUCGCAGCAAUGAGCGGGAUCUAGCUGAGGACAGCCAGACUGUAGGCAUGUGGGCCAUACAUGUACGUGAUCGUGUCGGUAGACACGUACACAGAGAAUGAGGGCAGCGUAUGUGGAUGGAUGGAUGGAUCCACGUGGAUCCAUCCAUCCAUCCUUCAUGUGGCAUUUCACCUGUUUGUUGUGUCUCUGGUGGUUUUCUGGGUGUCUAUUUGGUGUCAGUUUGUAUGUCAUUUUCACUCCCUGUCUUUUUGUCCGGCAGUCUGUCUGUCUGUCUGUCCUUUCGCUCGUCCGUGAGUGAAUGGGUGGGUGGACAAGUGACGAUGUACACCAAGUAGCUGGCUGGCUGAUUGCGUGUGUACGUGUGCUUUGACAUAAACGCGGGGCAGGCCGGUGGCCAUUCCAUCAGUAUGUGGGGUGAUGUGUGGUUUGCUGUCCAUGUGUGUUGUCGGCCCUUCUCCUUUUUGCAUCGCCAGAUUCAUCACAUGGAUGGGGGUGCGUGGGCGAUACACCUGGUGGGUCGUUGGUUUUGACGGGCAUUUUCAUGCGUGGACAAUCGAAUGAAAGAGGGGGAAUGCCGCCAGAGAGAUACAUGUACAUGAACCAAAGGAACGACCAGACGGUGUUGUUUCGGUCUUUGAUGGAUGUCGUUGAUCCAUUCUGACAAAUGAGAUACACUUGCUACGAACGAAUUAAACCGAAUGACACACAGCGGCUGAAGGAGUGCCGAAAAAACGGAUGCGUGUCUGCCUGCAUCCACGACACACAUGUGACCGACAUAAC